UUUUCACUGACCAUUGAAAUUUAAAGAGAGAGAAAAAAUGGGAGUGUACUUAGGCAACUAUUGUUAUGUGAUGAUAAUAGUGUUGGUAUUGGGAAAAGAAGUGAGAAGCCAGUCUUUAAAAAAUGGUUAUUAUUCAGCUUCAUGUCCAAGAGCUGAGUCCAUAGUAAGAUCCACAGUUGAAUCUCACUUUGAUUCUGAUCCCACCAUCUCUCCUGGCUUGCUUAGGCUUCAUUUCCAUGACUGUUUUGUUCAGGGUUGUGAUGGAUCGGUUUUAAUCAAAGGAAAAACUGCGGAGCAAACCGCUCUAGCUAAUGGUGGUCUUAGAGGGUUCGAAGUGAUUGAUGAUGCCAAAUCACAACUUGAGUUAGAGUGUCCAGGAAUUGUGUCAUGUGCAGAUAUACUUGCACUUGCUGCUCGUGACGCUGUUGACUUGAGUUCUGGACCAAGCUGGCGAGUUCCAACGGGUCGUAAAGACGGUAGAAUCUCGUUGGCAUCGGAAGCAUCGAAUCUACCUUCACCAUUUGACACUGUUGCUGUUCAAAAGCAAAAGUUCGAAGCUAAAGGGCUGGAUGCUCAUGAUCUUGUUACUCUACUUGGUAUGUUUUAUUUAUAUCUCUAUUUUCUUAUGAUAUUUAUAUGGGCAAAUUUUGUAGAUACCACAAAAAAUAAAUUAGGACAAAAAUAGUAUAAAAGAGAAAAG